CAAGAGAGCGUGUUCCUGAGCCAAGCUUCGGCAGAGGAAAAUUUUUCCAGCAUGUCAGGAACGAAACUGACAUUCCACUAAGGAAAAAAAGGGGCUGGAGGGAGAGUUAGGGGGGAAAGGCAGCAGGAUUCAGACGGAGCUUUCAAUUUUAAAUUCCAGACGGGCCCUGGGUGAGGGCUCGCCCCGCUCGGCAGGCACACCACGCCGGUUUCUCUCUUGGGACCCCAGUGGACAUUUCCUGUUCAGCCUCUGGAAAUUCAAGCCAAAAAUGACAAAACAUCCUUUUCCCCGAAACCAAGUGCUUGGUUCAGAGACCCUCCCCUCCGCACGUCCGUGAUCUCAGCCCUGCCCUCCCCUUCCUUCCGCGGAACCCCUCCCUGACCAGCGGCUCUGCUUCCCAAGGAGAGAUGAUGGAUCUGUAGCAGGUGGUGCGAAACCAGAGAGAAACGACCCUGGGACCAAGGCCGAAGAGGAGCUGGCGCCGGAGGAUCCGCGCUCAUGGCGUUCAGCCCGUGGCAGAUCCUGUCCCCCGUGCAGUGGGCGAAAUGGACGUGGUCCGCGGUGCGCGGCGGGGGCGCCGGAGAAGACGAGGCCGGAGGGCCCGAGGGCGACCCCGAGGAGGAGGAGGACUCGCAAGCCGAGACCAAAUCCUUGAGUUUCAGCUCGGAUUCUGAGGGUAAUUUUGAGACCCCUGAAGUUGAAACACCCAUCAAGUCACCUCUCAAGGACUGCUGUGAUUCGUCACUCGGAUUAGCAGGACCUGUGGCCAGCACCCAAGACUCACAAGAAGUUGAUGAACAGCUGAUAGCAGAAGUGGUUGCAAAAUGUUCUUCUGAGACUCAUUCUAGACCCUCAGAAAAUGAGGUUUCACAGCAGGCUAUUGAUUCUUACUCAGUCACGGAUUUCAAAGAAAAACCUGAACACGAUAGUAGCAAAAUUUCAGUAGUGAGGCCAUUUUCAAUAGCAACCAAGUCCACGGAUAACUCAGAGGCAGCUCUUGGGACAGAAGCAGCAUAUGGCGGUGUAACUGCCAUCUCAGGCGAGGCUCUGCCCUCCAGCCCGCCAGAAGCCAUCCAGGACAAGGCGAUGACAGAAAGCACCAUGGGGGUUACACUGGAGGCUUCCACAGAAGCUGACCUGAAGAGUGGGAACUCCUGUCCGGAGCCAGUGCCCAGCAGAAGCAAGCUGAGAAAGCCCAAACCCAUCUCUCUGAGGAAGAAAACAGUUGGCGAGUUCUCAGAAACUUCCAAGGAGGGCAUGCCUCUCCCCCAGGCAUCCUAUCCUGAUGAAAUGGAUGGGAACACAAGUCCUUUGCUAGGAGAUGCCAGGACUCAGAAAUCUGCCCCUGACGUUAGGGAAACAAGCAGCACACCCAGUAGUGACACCAAUGAUUCCGGGGUGGAGCUGCUGGAGGAGUCAAGGAGCUCGCCUCUGAAGCUGGAGUUCGAUUUCAUAGAAGAUGUGGAAAAUGUAGAGUCCAGGAAAGGCCUUCCAAGAAAACUUGGCAGGAAACUGGGUAACAAACUGCCUCCAAAGGUACAGAAAGAUGGCAUCAGUAAGCCAGGAGGCACUAAAGGUUCGGAACCGCCCCCGGACCAAGCCACAGACGAUGCCUCUCUCUCCCAAGCGUCUUCUAAGCAGAAUCCCAGUUUCAGUCCCCUGGGUGGCCAGUCCACACUGCAGGACUCCCCUCCCCUCUCCUCUAAGGGAUCCUACCGCUUUGAUGAACCCACGGAUCCCUUUAAACCAACUACAGCUUUAGCAAAUGGUGACUGUUGUUCUCCUGCUGGUAAUCAUGUUAAUGAAAACUUAGAAUCACCCAAGAAGGCAAAGUCGCGUUUAAUAACGACUACUGAACAAGUGAAAUUUCUCUGUUUUCUGUUGAGUGGCUGUAAGGUGAAGAAAUACGAAACGCAGUCUCUUGCUUUGGAUGAGUGUUCACAGGAUGAAGGAGCAGUGAUCUCCCAGAGUUCAGACAUUUCUAAUAGGGACGGCCAUGCUACCGAUGAGGAGAAACUGGCAUCCACUUCAUCUGGUCAGAAAUCAGCCGGGGCCGAGGUGAAAGGUGAGCCAGAGGAAGACCUGGAGUACUUUGAAUGUUCCAAUGUUCCCGUGUCUACCAUAAAUCAUGCGUUUUCAUCCUCAGAAGCAGGCGUAGAAAAAGAGACGUGCCAGAAAAUGGAGAAAGAUGGAUCUGCCGUGCCUGGACCAUUGGAGUCCCCUGUGGAGGAGGCCCCCAUGUCCGUGGCCUGUGGCGGAGAGAGCCCCCUGGAUGGCAUCUGCCUCAGUGAAUCAGAUAAGACAGCCGUGCUCACCCUGAUAAGAGAAGAGAUAAUCACUAAAGAGGUUGAAGCAAAUGAAUGGAAGAAAAAAUACGAAGAAACCCGACAAGAAGUCUUGGAGAUGAGGAAAAUUGUGGCUGAAUAUGAAAAGACCAUUGCCCAAAUGAUUGAAGAUGAACAGAGGACAAGUAUGACCUCUCAGAAAAGCCUCCAGCAACUGACCAUGGAGAAGGAGCAGGCCCUGGCUGACCUUAACUCCGUGGAAAGGUCCCUUUCGGAUCUCUUCAGGAGAUAUGAGAACCUGAAAGGAGUUCUGGAAGGGUUCAAGAAGAAUGAAGAAGCCUUGAAAAAAUGUGCUCAGGAUUACUUAGCCAGAGUGAAGCAGGAAGAGCAGCGGUAUCAGGCUUUGAAGAUCCACGCAGAAGAAAAACUGGACAAAGCCAAUGAAGAGAUUGCUCAAGUUCGAACAAAAGCAAAGGCUGAGAGUGCAGCUCUGCACGCAGGACUCCGGAAAGAGCAGAUGAAGGUGGAGUCCCUGGAAAGGGCCCUUCAGCAGAAGAACCAAGAAAUCGAAGAACUGACGAAAAUCUGCGACGAGCUGAUUGCAAAGCUGGGAAAGACUGACUGAGUUUCCCCUGUUCGCUCAGGGGAUCUGCGUUUGGCUGCUUCUGUCGUGACCACAGUUAUCUUGCCUUAUCCAGGAAUUGUUGCCCCUUUGCAGAGAAAAACACUUUGAAAUAGCACAUCCCACUGCUGCCUGUCCCGCUUUGCUGAGACGCACAGCCCUGGCAGAACCCGGGAGUGUUGCACCGUCGCCGGAGUGGCAGCCGGCCGUCCUGGAGUCCUCACAGCACCGCCCAUGGUCUGGUAGACAGGCUGCUACGUUGGGUUUGUGAUUUCUCUGUUUUGAUUCAUUUUUUCUUACAGCUAUGUACUUUAUUAAUAUUUUCACACCACAGCUUAACAUGAACAGCAUAUUCUCCCAUACUUCAAAGAUUCCCAUUGCCACAUAUAAUUCACUCCAGAGGCAUAUAGGUUCUGAAAAAUACUGUUCUCAGUGAUGGGGAAGAGCAGCUUUUUAGGAACUCUUCCUGCUUUACCAUUUAAAAAAGGCUCAUGGCUGAGGAAGCACCCCCACCUUUCGUUCCCUGGAGAACUCUGAGCUAAACUUAAUUCUUUCAGUUCUAUGUUGCACACAUAUAAGCAGUUCGGAACUUUGCACAUGAGCAGGAAUCAAAGUCAGAUGCAGAAGUGGAAUUUUAAGGACCAUUUAUAUAUCAGGGCAGAAGCACCACUGGGAUUCCCAUGACGAUGCUAUUCUGAAUGUGCUUGGUGCCUUCUAUUGCACAUGCCAAAGGUCAGUUCUGGAGAAAGCAGAGCAUGCCAUGAGUGAGCUAGACAAGUCCCUUGGCCUCUUUGUACCUUAGUUUCCUUAUAUCUUGUGUAAAAGCUGCAUUCCAUGCCAGGCCUGAAGUGUUCCAAAGCUCACUUUUGUUAUUAAAUUGCAACCAUGACUUAUAUAUUGCAAAAAAGGAAUGCUGCAAACGCAUUCCUUUCAAUAAAUUCUAUUUUAUUGCAGGUUAAAUCUAAAUACUGGAGGGAAAGCAGGCCUUCACAUGAACCCUCACAUAAUUCUCUCAAAUUAUUUCCACUGGGAUUUUACAGCAUCAUCUCCUCCACCCAUCUCCCCACAACCGCUCUGGGCAUGAUCCACUGAGGCGGGAGGGAGGGGAGGCCUGCUGCAGCCCUGGGUCCAACCCCACUCCCGCACCCCUUUUAAGUGUUCACCCCUUUCCCCUUCGUCCUAACAUGGCGCCACCACAGCCUGUCUUAAUUCUUUUGGAAGUCCACUUUGCUUUUCCAACUGCGUUAAAAUUGUGAUUUUAUGACUACGAUUUGGGAUCAUCUCCUGUUCACCAUGUCUCUGAUUUUUUGUGUGUGUUACAUAUUUAUUUCAUCUUUUAAAUUUAAUUUUCAGUAUUGGUGGUUUUAUUUGAGGAGGUAAUUUGGCUUUUGUUACUUUUAGUUUGUAAACAAGAAGGGGCUCUGAGUAUCCAUUUACAUACAUACACAGACACAUAUAUUUACAUAUGCUGCUGUUUUCCCCUGAAGUAUAGUCAAAUAAGAACCUACAGAAGAGCCUAUUUCCAUAAAUGUAGAAACUUAUUUUGGAAUAGAGUCCUGGCUCAGAACGCCAGCUUCAGGAUUUGGGGGGAUUGAACAUGUGGAAACCCCCAACCCCUGUCAUGACUCAUGACCCCAGCUCAGGUUUCACGUCCAGGGAAGACUUCGCCAUAAUGUUUGUUCCUGGUAUUGGACACUUCUCAGCCGUGGCGAGUGUGAGCGUGGCCCCCCCGGGUGGGUCUGCAGGCUGACAGCGGCUGCUUCCUGCAGGAACAGCUGAGGGGGGACUCUCUCAGACCUGGGUGUGGCUAGGCCGUCCUAGAGCCACUUCUUUGCUUCACUUGUUGCUACAAAACCAAUAUUUCCUCUUGAUUAUUUGAAAUAUGCUGAGAAAAUCUACUUGAAAAAGGUUUAGAUGAUCUUAUAAUUAAAAGGUAAUUGUAAUCCCAUCAGCAAGUCAAGGGGAAGAAACAGUUGUUUUCCACAAAUGGGAUGUCUUGUUCUUCAGAUUUUUUCUUUUGAGUAAAAAAAAAAAGUCCUUUCAAACUUAAGACAGAAUUUUUAACAAAACAGGCAGUAAACAUCACGCGAACCACUCUGAAAAUCAGCACAUUGUGAGUAUUUUUACACAGAGGCCGUUUGACUAGUGGAGGCGGGAGCGCAGGGAGCAGGUCCGCACACACAGAACCCACGUCCUCAAGCUCUUCCUGGGCUUGCUUCAGAGGGGAGAGGCCGCUAGCCCCCAAA